AUGCCCAUCAAACCAAUUGGGUGGAUAUGUGGGCAGGUGUUAAAGAGAUUUUCUGGACAAGCUUACCUAAUUCAGAGAGCAGUUGUGGAAAUUAUAGAUGAGAUUAAGGAUGAAUUUCCAACCAUAAUUGGAUUGCAACAGUCAAACCAGGAAAUUGUUCCCAUUCUACAAGCAUCCAGAUCAGUUGUGGCAAGUGCAUUCUCUUCAUCUCCUGGAGUAAGAGUUAUUAAUGGGCUAAACAGAAUAUCAACAUCUUCAAAAUCUGUUGCCAAAGUCUUGCAGCCACAAAUUGUUCAACAUUUUGCAGAGUUAAAUACCAUGUCUCAUCGUCUUCUGAAAAAUGUAAACAUACCAAAGCAGCCUCUCUAUAAAAAUCAGGGUAGAACAUUUUCCCUGUUCGAUGUGAUCUCCUAUCCAGCAAAGACUGCUCUCACCAGCAUAAUGUGUGCUUCCUAUGCAGCACUAAUUUAUGUGGCAGUCUCUAUAAACACAGUAUUAGGGAAAAUAAAAAACAUUGUUGAAGAAGAAAAGGCCUCAAGAGAAAACACUAAGAAUGAGGAAGAAAAAGAUGUAUUCGCCAAAUAUGAAGAUUUAGCAAGUUACACUGUGCCCUCUCCAGAGAAGCAAGUCUUUUCUGAAUUUCCUGUUGAUUCAACUAAGAGCAGCAUUCACAUCCUACAUUCUGCACUGGAUCAAGAUACAGUACUUAGUAGUGGUACUAAAGCUCAAACAGGUUUGUGA